AUGGCUUUCUCUAGUGCUGCUGUCCCCGUAUUAGAUGCCACUAUAAUUCACGAAAAACGAAGCUCGACCGCAGAGAAAUUGCCCCCCAGCACCAACACCAGUACCUCUCUCCCAGAUGGAGUUCGCAUUCUGGCUGCCCAUGAGUACAAGGAAGCCGCAGCGUGUCUUGCAGAGGCAUUCAAGUCGGACCAUGUCGUUCGCUAUGCCAUUGAUACUCCCGAUAGACUUCAUCUGAGUGAAGAGGAGCGUUAUGAAUUGCACACCGCCGCCAUGGAAUACGUAGUCUAUGCACAUACCCUGCAAGGUCUCGUCUUGAGCGUCGGUGAGAACUACGACUGCGUUGCAUUGUGGUUGCCUCCUGGUAAGGGUAUCGAUGACUGGUGGACAAGCCUUCGCAGUGGUUUGUGGCGGAUGAAGUACAGAUUGUCCAAGGAAGGCAAGAUACGGUUCUUUGAAGAAUUCCUGCCCUUGCUGGGUCGCACCAAGGCCGAGGUGCUGGGAGACAGGGAUGAAAAGUCAUGGUAUCUCAACUAUAUUGGCACAAAGCCUUCGGCCCGGGGCAAAGGAUAUGCCAGAAAGCUGAUCGAUUAUGUGGGAAACCUGGCCGAUACUGAAGGGCUUCCAUGCUACCUCGAGAGCUCUCAUGACAUCAACAUCAUCAUCUAUGGCAAGAUGGGAUAUGAGCUCAAGAAGAAAAUCUAUCUUCAGCGAGCUCCCCAAGAACUCAGACUGGAUGUGAUGGUCCGGGAGCCAGCCAUAGUUCGAGAGAAGGCCAACAGGCCGGUUGCGGCGAAAUUAGGAUAG